AUGCCCCUAGAAAUCCACCCCGCCACAGCCGCGGACACCCCAACGCUGGCCACCCUCUUUUUCACAACCUUCUCCGACGCCUUCAACACGAAACUCUUCCCGCGCACACCCGACCUCCUGAAAGUAGUCGACACGGAGGCCGACGCGGCCAAGAACGAGCCUUCGAUUGUGGGGUUCGCGCUUUGGUCGCUCCCUGCCCCGGAGACCACGACUGGGGCGGAAAUAGAAGAGGAACUGGAGGAUGGGUUGAGUCCGCCGUGGCCGGAGAGCUGUGAUGGGGCGUUUUGUGAGAGGUUCUUUGGGAGGAAUCAUGAGCGCCAGGUGGAGGUUAUGGGGGAUAAGAGGUAUUAUUAUGUGGAUGUUCUAGGGACGCACCCCGCGGCAAGAAGAAGGGGUGUCGCGACGAUGCUUAUUAACUGGGGAUUGGAGAGAGCGAAGGAGGAAGGUCUGGAGGUGUAUUUGUCUGCUACGCAGGACGGAAGAUUUGUUUAUGAGAAGUUGGGAUUUGAGGCUCGGUCGACGGUGGAGGUGGAUGGGUAUGUACAGGAUUCGAUGGUUUGGGUUCCUUGA